AUGCCCUUCGAUUUCGACACAUAUCAAUCAAAGUGCGAAAAUCUCACUCCAGAACAGCUUCAUCGAGAAUGGGAGAAUUACACUCGCCAGAUAUCGGGUGGGGCUACCUCGACAGCUACUGCAGUGUUGUUUUCUCCUUUGACGGCUGGAAUUUCUCUCGUUGGACUUGGCCUGUCGGCCCCUCGAAUACACAAUGCUCGUAAAAAACGAGCAAUCAUUGAAGCAAAAUUGCAGGCACAUGGGCAAACCCAUAAUACGAGAAAACGAGACGUUAUUGCUCCUAUGGCAAUUUCUGGGACGAUUGGUGGAUUGACGUUGGGAUUGGCUGGUCCAGGUGCUGAUAUGAUAGCUGGCGAAGCUGUAGGCAAAGGCGCUGAGUAUGCAGCUGCACAUGUUGCCUUGGACGCAACUGGUGCAGUAGUCGAGCAUAAACAUGAUGAACAUUCCAAGCACAAGGCGAACCAAAGAAUGAACUUGCAGUACCAGAAUUUUCAAAAGCAAUUUAUCCAGGAACAAGCAGCUCAAGGUGUAUAUCUUCAACCACAGCCUCCAGACUAUCAGCCAGGCAAAGAGAAUGCUCCAGGUCAGCCAUUUCAACUUCCGCAGCCGGGAAUCCAGACAUAUCAACCACUACCACCCUCGAAAGACCAGAAGUAUGAAUAUGUGCCCAUACAACCCCCACGGAGUGGUGCAGUCUCGUAUCAACCAGCUUCUCAUCAGCAAGCUUUCAUCCCCGAGGGAGGCCAAUUUGGUCAAGUUAUAUACCAACAACUGCCUCCGUACUCUCCCAUUCAGGACGUGGGACCACCUGGAACAACUCCAAAUCCAGUCAGUCAGGAUCCCUCGGCACAACGAAGGCAGUCCCUUUACCAGCCUGGUUGCAGUCAAGCAUAUCCGUCGCCUUGUCCUACGCCUCUACCGGUCUAUUCCCAGGCAGCUGGUUCUCGGGGUCAACAAACCGCUACCUAUCAGUCGCCGUCAGUAUUUCCUGUCAUGGAUCGCAAGUCUGCCACUGUACAGCCUCCAACUUCAUCUUCUAACCCAGAGUGUAAAUCCUCGAUAGUUGAUUUUCCCAUGGAUGUGUUUGAACUUCCUGCUGAAUUGGUGACUGCAGCAGUCCCAGUUGACAACUUAGUUCCUGCUACACCUAGUAUGGAGGACGAGAUUCUGAUUCUGAAGGCCCGAAUUCUACAAAUGGAAAUUGAGAAGCGUGGAGGAGUGAUCGAUAUAGUCCCCGCUCACCAGGCCCAGACCGAGCAACAGGUGGAUUUAGGAAGCUUUCCGCAAGACACUGGAUCUCCACGAUCUACUUCGAUUACUGAGGAGCCAGCACCACAACAAGUGACAAGCGAUGAGUCCAACCCGGAAGCUAACGCUUCGAGUGAUCGAGUACAGAGCCCACAGUCUUCACCGGUUACUUCCAUUAUCGUAGAAGAGCCUGCUGAAUACCAAACACCACAGACUGAGGACAAAGCUGCCACGGAGAUCGUUCACGAAUUUAAGCCUCUGUCAUUCUACCCUCCUCCUCCUGCUUCGUCAGCACCACCUCCUAGUUCGCUACCCAAGGUACCACUCCUCCAAACAACAGUCCAAGAUCUCACAUGUCUUUCAUCUCAACUGUCACUUGAGACAUCUGAGAACCCACACGCGCAAAAUGGGGUGUCUUCCAAUGAUACAGCGUCGACUCCUCUGGACAAUAACAGCAGUCCCUAUCCUGCACCUCUAAAAGUUACACCUGUCCGUCAGCAAACAUCUCCUCUUCCCAAUCCAGCUUUUCAGCAGUAUCAACAAGCACCGCGACAUGCCUCUCUUACUCCAAGCUACCAGAGACAAUAUUCAGCGGCUGAACAGCCUCCACUGCCAUCUCGGCCACAAUCCCGGAACGAGACUAUCCCAAUCACAAAGGAACAGGCGUAUCCAGCAACCCCCAUACCCCAAAUUCAAGCAGUACAGCCUCAACCACAGGUCUCGUACCAAGCGCAAUACACCUCGCAAUCGAACGGCGCCUCUGCAACCUACAAUCCACAAACAUAUUCCCCUCCACCUUCUUCCCAGGCUCAACAGCCACAACAAGUGCCGCCGUCACGACCACAGAGUACUUAUCAACCCCUCUCACUCCAAUCGUCUCAAAGCAAUGCUCCACCUCCGCAACAGCAUCAGAACUAUCCUCCUCCACCAUCAUCUCCCAAUCCGCAACAACGCCCAGCACCUCCACCAAGACCGCAAAGUAUAUAUCAGUCUCAAUCCGCGCCACCUGUUCAGAACAACACCCCAAUAUCCUACCAACAGCCUCCUCCUCCUCCUCCUCCCCGCCCGCAAAGUGUGUACCAGCCACAACACAUUGCUGCUGCUCAGAACACAGUUCCCCCAGUACAACAAGCACCGACUCCACGACCGCAAAGCAUCUACCAACCCUUACAAUUCACAUCUGCCCCGAACACGGCUCAAAUGAACACCCAAUCGCAACCCCAAUAUCAAACCCAUCAACAAAUUUACGCUCAGCCCCAACCCACAAAACCCACUGUCUCCCCCAUCCAACGCCAAGACAGCGGCUAUUACUCCAUCCCACCCUCACGGCAUUCCUCCUCCUUCUCCACGACCUCAUUCACGCCGUCCAACUAUGGUGGCAGUCCCCAAGUCCUCUCCCCGCAACCUACAGGCAUGUUAUCGCCUCAAUCAACAGGGAGUGUAUAUCACGGCCGUAGCGCAUCGGUCAGCACGAUGGGCUCACCAAUGACACCGCAGUCAAUGCAGCAACAACAGCCAUAUUUCCCUCCUCCGCCGGGAAGUCCUGCGCCGCCGGUGCAGAAUGAUGAUUUUGGGUCGAAGGUUACGGGCUAUCAACCUGGGGUGAACCAGCCGCGUCCACAACAGAUCCCGCCUCCGCAGCAACCAAGUCAAGGAUGGCAGUGGGGAAUGCCUCCUCCUCAACCCAACUACGGGCCACCCCCACCUAUUCCUCAGCCUUGGAAAUAA